AUGACUGAAUCUUCCGAUGAUAUCAUUAUUCUUUCGGAUGAUGAUGUUCAAAUUGAAAGUGAGAUCAAACCAAAACAAACCAAACUCAUCAGUGAUAAAACUGCGCCGACUCGUUCUACUAAUUCAACGACGAACACGACUACCAGACGCCGUACACCAAUUCUUAUUCUAACUGAACCCAAAUCCAUCAGAUAUGGUAUCGAACGUGGCUACAAAUUAAAACAAUAUGAUCUCUGUGAUGAUUAUGAAUUCGUACCAUCGACUAUUUUACGACAAUAUUGUGAUGAAAAUCUUCUUGUAGAAUAUCUUGAAAAAUUAACUCAUUUCACUGCAUAG